AUGGGGAAGUCGGCUUUUGUUCAAAUUGGACAGAGUCGAGGCAACACAGGUCUGUGUGUUCAGAGCUGUUUAGUGCUACCAGACCCAAGUUCAUCUUCCUUGGCACUUUUUAAUACAACUACCUAUGCCGUGGCUCAGUGUGAACAUAAAACCCACAGGUUUUUCCUCACGUCCUUUACCGCUCCCACCAAAUGUCACCAGUGCACAUCUCUGAUGGUGGGCUUGAUAAGACAAGGCUGCACCUGAGGAAGGGACACAUGGACAUGUGGGUUCUCAUGUCACACAACCUGUGUAGAAAAAGCUCCAAAAACGUGUCCCAUGCCUUUUCAUCAGAAGAAAGGUGCCUUCUGUCUAGACCCACAGAAAGGCAUGGGAACAGCCUAUGAAGGCCAUGUCUGGAUUCCAAAGAAAGCAGGGAUGAAAAAAGGAUGGCAGAGGGCAUUGGCUCUAGUGUGUGACUUCAAACUCUUCCUGUAUGAUAUGGAUGAAGAAGACUCAAAACCCAAUGUUGUAGUUAGUCAAGUGAUUGACAUGAGGGAUGGAGCACUUUCUGUGAGUUCAGUCUGGCCCUCUGAUUUUAUUCCUGCAAGGAGAAAGGAAAUGCCUCGUAUGUUUAAGGUCACAGCUUCCCAGCUCUCAGCACCUAGUAAUAGAUAUUCAAUCCCAAUCUUAGCAGAUAGCGAGAAUGAGAAGAGUGAGUGGGUGGGUGUGCUGAGUGAAUUGCACAAAAUAUUGAGAAAAAGUAAUUCCAGAGACCGCUCAGUCUAUGUUCUGAAAGAGACUUAUGACAGCAAGCUACCCCUGAUCAAAACCACCCAGACAGCUUCAAUCAUAGAUCACAAAAGAAUCGCUCUGGGAAGUGAAGAAGGGUUAUUUGUUGUCCACGUUACCUUAGAUGAAAUUAUUCGCAUUGGCUACAUGAAGAAGAUUCACCAGAUUGAGCUUAUCCCCCAUGGCCAGGUGGUUGCAGUGAUCUCAGGACGAAGUCACCAUGUGCAGCUGUUUCCCAUGUCAGCUUUGGAUGGACGAAAGACUGAUAUUCACAAGCUGGCAGAAACCAAAGGGUGCGAGACCAUGAUUUCUGGAACAGUGUGCCAAGGGGCCCAUACAUGCCUCUGUGUGGCUAGGAAAAGCCAAAUCUUCUGUUACGAGCUGUUUCAGAGCAAGAAAAUUUCUCACAGAAAAUUUAAAGAGCUCCAAAUCCCAACCAAUGUCCAGUGGAUGGGCAUCUUCAGCAAAUAGCUCUGUGUAGGAUUCCAAUCAGGAUUCCUGAGAUACCCCUUGAGGAGAGAAGGAAUUCCAUACAGGAUGCUGCACUCCCAUGACCCUACACUGUCAUUUAUUGCACAUCAACCAGUGGACGCUCUCUGUGCAACUGAGAUCUCUAGUACUGAGUAUCUGUUAUGUUUUAAGAGCGUUGGCAUUUACACUGACAACAGGGGCCUCAGAUCUAGGCCAGUUGAACUGAUGUGGCCAGCAAAUCCAAGAUCUUGCUGUUACAAUGCCCCAUAUCUCUCAGUGUACAGUGAAAAUGCAGUGGAUAUCAUUGAUGUGAACUCCAUGGAAUGGAUCCAAACCAUCCCCCUCAAGAAGGGUCAACGCUUGAAUAGUGAAGGAUUCCUAAAUAUUUUGCUUUUGGAGACAAUUAGAUUAAUAUAUUUCAAAAAUAAGAAGACAAAUGGAGAGGAGCUGGUAUUUCCCAAAACAUCAGAUAAUCAACAGAAGAAAAUGGUCCGACACCACAGCAGCAAGCAUCGUUAUUCCUUCUGGGUUCCCAGAGGGAAAGGGAUGCUACUGAAGGGGGGAUGA